AUGGCAGUCAAAGUGGUAUCAAACGAAGAGAAGCCAGACUUCUGGACAGAAGCCUCCAAGGCCAUCCAAAAAGCUCUGGAACUUCAGCCGCGACAACCAACCAGCCAAGAACCCAUCCUCUUCCUGGGCGAUGGCAUGGGAUAUCCCUACCAUCACCGCCCAACACGCAUCCUGAAGGGGCAGAUGCAGAACAACUCAGGCCCUGAAACACACUGGCAAAUGGACAGCUUUCCACCUGGCCUUUCCAAGACAUACAACGUGGACCGGCAAGUGCCAGACAGUGCUGGCACUGCCACCGCCUACCUCUGUGGAGUGAAGGGCAACUAUCAAACCAUCGGACUGAGUGCGGCUUCCCGGUACAACGAAUGCAAAACGACAGCCGGCAAUGAAGUGAUAUCUCUGUUGAAGAGGGCCCAGUUGGCUGGCAAAUCUGUUGGGAUUGUGACCACCACCCGGGUCCAGCAUGCGUCACCGGCUGGAAAUUAUGCUCACGUGGUGAACCGGAACUGGUAUGCCGAUGCCAGCAUGCCCCAGUCUGCGAUCACAGAAGGCUGCAAGGAUAUUUCUCAACAACUUGUGGAAAAUGUAGACUUCACAGUGGUCUUAGGUGGAGGCAGAAAGUACAUGACCCCGGCAGGCACUCUGGACCCUGAAUAUCCCUCCAACCCGCUACACGUUGGCCUCCGCAAAGAUAAUCGUGACCUCAUAACCGAGUGGCUCAAGGCUUCUUCAGGCUCCAAAUAUGUCUGGAACCGAACAGAACUUUUGGCAGCAGCUGCUGAUCCGAAUGUGAAGCACCUCAUGGGUCUUUUUGAACCCUCCGACAUGAGAUAUGAGCUGAACAGAAACAGUGAGACUGACCCAUCGCUGACUGAGAUGAUGGAAGCCGCAAUACAGAUGCUCAGCCGCAAUCCCAAAGGCUACUACCUUUUUGUUGAAGGAGGCAAGAUCGACCUUGCGCACCAUGAUGGCAUCGCCAAACUGGCCCUGACGGAGGGUGUGGAGUUCGACAAGGCCAUCCAGCGGGCAGGAGAACUGGUGGAGGAACGCGAGACUCUGACCGUGGUGACAGCGGACCACUCCCACGUCUUCAGCUUUGGUGGCUACACAUUGAGAGGCAGCUCCAUCUUUGGCUUAGCCCCUGAACUAGCAGAUGACAACAAGACAUAUACAUCCAUUGUGUAUGGGAAUGGGCCAGGCUACCAGAUCACCAACCAGGGACGCCCCAAUGUGGAUCCAGAAGAGAGUGAGGGCAACGACUACCACCAGCAAGCUGCCGUUCCCCUUUCCUCAGAGACCCACGGUGGUGAAGAUGUAGCCAUCAUGGCCAAGGGCCCAAUGGCCCAUCUCUUCCAUGGGGUGCAGGAGCAGACCUAUGUUGCCCAUGUCAUGGCAUACGCUGCCUGUGUGGAACCAUAUGAGGACUGCACCUUGCCUGGGUUUAACUCUGCCAGCUUUGCCAAGCCCACAUCUGUGGUUCUUCUUCUCAUCUCCUUGCUCCUUUGGGACUGAUAGCCCUUCUCUGAACCAUGUGGAGUCCAUCACACACCUCCUUUUUUCUUCCUUCUCCAUUGCCGUACGAAGUAUUGCCUCCAUCGAUUUUGCCUUUGAAGCCACAGCUGUGCAUUAUCCAUCUUGUUGCAAGAUGUAUUGGAGAAAUGGUUUCUGUCUUGUGCUCUCACUGGGAAAUUUCUCUGAACUGUCAGAUUCUGAGUGCCUGCCUCUCUCAUUUGGAAUUCUCUCCUCAUGGAGACUCACCAAGGCUUGAGCAUUUCUUGGAAGUGACACAAAACAUUUUAACUCAAACAGCUUUCAACAGCCGGGAACCAAGUAGCAGUAGCAGCCGGCUGACACCUAUCCUUGGAAAUAAGUGCUUAAAGGUGUCCAGUGCAUUAAUGAUACCCAUUUGCCCAUGCAGACAAAACUGCGCUGGCCUUUUAAUUCAAUAUAAUCAGCAGCAGAAAAUUAUAAAGCAACGAUUUCUAUACAAUGAACUACUUAAGUCCUGUUGCCUGGCUUGUGCCAACAGUUAGCCAGGAGUAUGUGUGUGAGAGGUUUUGGAGACAGGGCAGGGAGCAAGACGACACAAGUCUCAGCCUUUAUUUGACUUCCAGAGUGUGGGAAGGUUUUCUGGGCUGCAGCAUGCCAGGAAGGGGGCAGGAUAGGACUUUCUACCUUUCACCACCCCACCUCACCACAUUUGACCCAUGCCAGCAGCGCUGCCUCUGUCCGUUACAGAGAAAGCCUAGCUCCAUCUUUCUGGGGCAAGGCAAAUAGGGAGAUGCGCAGAGACAAGACAACUCUGGAAUCUGGAAAUGCUGAGUUUUGAGGGAACUUUUCUGUGCAUGUCUUCAUUUGCAACUGUCAAAACUUUGCCAACUGCCUGAAGAUACAGACUUUGAAUGUCCAACUGUGCCUUUGUGGCAACAUCCAUCCUUGUUUGGCAUUAGAGACCUCUGGAUGGCAGAGACUAUGGAGGGCUGUUCCUUCCCAAAAUAGCAAUGAGCUCUGAGCAGGGAUGGUGGU